UCAUCUAGCUGAACCUGCGCUCCGUUCUCUGUGUUCGCACAGUCUUGCCUGGCGCAAAAUGGCAGCCCCUUGUGUGCGAGUAAUAGCGCGGUAGCAUGCGCUGGACUUUAAUGUCAACAUGUCCCUGUUGAGACUUUGUGCCUUUCCUAGGUGUCGGACUGCUCGCAUUUUAUUCGAAACAAACUUGAGGAAUACAUUCUAUUCCGAUCAAUGCCACGCCUGUGUCAGGAUACGGAAUGACUGUCACAGGCGAAUAUCUGAAAGCCCCUGGGCAGCAUACCGGAGAAAUUAUUCGACCGUUAUACCAAAGAAAGAGGAUGGCAAGAAAAGAUUAUGGGAACAGUCUCACCUCCUGGACGUGCUGGAAGCCCGGAUCCAGCAGCUGCAAUCGGACGUUUUUCUAGACGUCAAGCACUCAAAGGUGCAGGUUGUCAAGUUCUCCCAGGCUGGGAAAGACGUAACCCCAAAGAAGGGUCCGACCGGCAGGAAGGGAGGGGGUCCUGACCCCUCGCCCCAAAAAUCGGGCAACCCGAGCCGCUGGUUCGAGAAGCUGAACCGGGAGAAGACGAGCAAGGCGAAGAGGCUCCUGCACCACCAGCAGAAGAACCAGCAGAACCCCGCGAAGGCCAAGGGCCUACACCUCCCGGGCACGUCGAUGAAGACCAUCUCGGCCUCUAAACUGAGCAAACCCCCGACGAAGGCGGACCCGCCGAGGCCCGGCCCUCCCCGCAAGAAAGACCCGAAUCAGGAGCUUCCUAAGGGCCGGACCGCCUCCUCCUCCUCCUCUUCCUCCCGCCACGCCGCCUCCGCCUCCGCCUCCGCCUCCUCCUCCCGCCACGCCUCCUCCUCCUCCCCCCGUCACGCCCGCUCCCGGCCCAAGGACGAGGAGGAGACCCUGGCCGAGCUGGAGGAGCUGGACCGGCAGCUCAACGAGUACACCUCGGCCGCCACCGGCGGCGCCGGCGAGCAGCUGGCCAAGGACCGGGACUGCAGUCGCUACGGCGACGCCCAGGCCAACGUGCGCUGCUUCCUGGAGGCCUGCAUGUACAUCGGCGACGUGGACCGCGCCCAGCGCUGCCUGCUCAGCCACCACCACCACCUGUCCCGCCGCAAGCUGCUCACCGUCUCCACCUACAACUACAUGAUGAGGGUGUGGGCGAAGAGGGGUGCUCUGAACCAGAUUGGCCGGCUGUUCAUCCUGGUGGAGGAGGCGGGCCUGAAACCCGAUCUGGGCUCCUACGCCGCUGCUCUGGAGUGCAUGGGUCGCGUCCCCAACUGCUCCACGCGCGUCAUCAGCAGGUGUCUGCAGCAGCUUGAGGAGGCGGGCUUCUCCUUGGAGGACCUGUUCCGCCACUGCCUGUUCCGCCAGGACGAGAGGGAGACCGUGCUGAAGGCCGUCCGGAUGGUGGAGCCCGACUUCCAGCCCGCCGUGCGCACCGAGCCCAAAAUCUGCACCUCUCCUCUGGUUGAGGAGGUCUACACCAAGAGGGACAAUGUGGACUAUCCAAAGUUGGACUUCACCCUGGCGGAGCUGCAGGAGAAGUUCAGCCAGCAGCUGGCCAUGGAGGAGGCCGACACCAUCACCAUCGACUCCGUGGAAGCCAUGAAGCCCGUCACCGAGCGCAUGGCCGAAAUGAGAGCUCUGCUGGAGCAGCAGCGCUCCCAUUGGCGUUCGGCCCUUCUGAAGGGCCUGAGAGAGAGCAAGCUUCACCUGAGCACCAGCGACCAGAAGUCCUGGCGGAUGAACCUCUACCCUUACCUGUGCCUGCUGGAGGACGGCGAGUACGUGGACAUCAUGCUACAGGGCCUGUCCAGCCUGCCCCCCAGCGGCGAGUCCCUGCUCAUCCUGGCCAAGAACCUGGGCCACAGGAUCCAGAACAAGUUCUUCAUCCGGCAGAAGAGCCAGAGUCAGGUGGUGGACAAGCUCCGGCACGUCUACGAGCGAUACGUCGAGCUGCUGGCCAAGGACACUGAGAAGUCCAACGUGUUUCCCCGGGAGCGGUGGGCGGAGCUGGAGGCGGGGCUUGGCUCCGGCCCCUCCCUGCUGAGCGACGACACCCAGUGGCCGCCGUUCCUGGCGAUCCAGCUGGGCAUCCACCUGGUGGACCUCAUGGUGCGGGAGCUCAAGGUGCACAGCGACGUUCUGAACCCCGCCCAGGAGAGGAAGCUGGUCUCCGUGCUCUACCACAUGUACACCUUCCGUAGCAACCACAAGGUGGGCUUCAUCAAGCCGCACCCGAUCCUGACGCAGAUCCUGACGGAGGCGGUGGAGACCAAGCUGACCUUCCCGUCCCACGUGAUGCCCAUGCUGUGCCCGCCGGUGCCCUGGACCUCGCCGCGGUUCGGCGCCUACCUCCUGACGGGCGCCAAGCUGAUGCGCUCGGCGCAUGGCGCCGCCCAGCACCAGGCGCUCCUGGAGGGGUGCGGCGAGCCCGAGCUCCACGCCGUGCUCGACUCGCUCAACCAGCUGGGCAACUGCGCCUGGAAGGUCAACCGCCCCCUGCUGGACGUCAUCGUCUCCAUCUUCAACGGCAAGGGGUGCGAGCGGCUGGACGUGCCGCCGCCGCCGUCCGAGGCGCCCGAGGCGCCGCCGCCGCCGCCGCCGCGCCCCGGCCCCGCCCCCCCCGGAGACCCCGCCCACUCGGCGGCCGAGGGCGCCGCCCUGAAGCGGGAGGUGGCCAAGGCGCGGAAGAAGGCGGCGGAGAUGCACAGCCUGCGCAUGGACGCCCUGUACAAGCUGUCCAUCGCCCGGCACGUCCGCGACCGCGUCUUCUGGUUCCCGCACAACAUGGACUUCCGGGGCCGCACCUACCCGUGCCCGCCCUACUUCAACCACCUGGGCAACGACGUGACGCGCGCCGUCCUGCUCUUCGCCGAGGGCAAGGCCCUGGGCCCCCGCGGGCUGGACUGGCUCAAGGUGCACCUGGUCAACCUGACGGGGCUGAAGAAGCACAGCUCGCUGGCGGGCCGGCUGGAGUACGCCGAGAGCAUCAUGGACGACAUCCUGGACUCGGCCGACCGGCCCCUCACCGGCAGGAAGUGGUGGAUGGAGGUGGACGAGCCCUGGCAGGCCCUGGCGUGCUGCAUGGAGAUCGCCAAGGCCUCGCGGUCACCUGACCACACGCAGUACGUCUCCUACUUCCCCGUGCAUCAGGACGGCUCCUGUAACGGUCUCCAGCACUACGCCGCUCUGGGCCGGGACGUGAUCGGCGCCACCUCCGUCAACCUCAUGCCCUGCGACGUGCCCCAGGACGUGUACAGCGGCGUGGCGCAGCAGGUGGAGGAGUUCCGCACCCGGGACGCCCAGCGGGGGCUGAAGAUCGCCCAGGUGCUGCGGGGCCACAUCAAGCGCAAGGUGGUGAAGCAGACGGUGAUGACGGUGGUGUACGGCGUGACGCGCUACGGCGGCCGGCUGCAGAUCGAGAAGCGCCUGAGGGACAUCGACGACUUCCCCCAGGACUACGUGUGGGACGCCUCCCACUACCUGGUCCAUCAGGUGUUCAACAGCCUGAAGGAGAUGUUCACCGGCACCCGCGAGAUCCAGGACUGGCUUACCGAGACUGCCAAGCUGAUCGCCAAAUCCGGCAACACGGUGGAGUGGGUGACCCCCCUGGGGCUGCCUAUUAUCCAGCCGUACCACCGCACCAAGAACCAAGUGCUCAAGAGUAACAUCCAGUUCCUGAACCUCCAGGUCUCCCACGACGCCAACGAGCGGCCGGACACGGUGAAGCAGAAGAACGCCUUUCCCCCGAACUUCAUCCACUCCCUGGACUCCACCCACAUGAUGCUGACGGCGCUGUACUGCUACAGGGCGGGGCUAACCUUCGUCUCCGUCCACGACUGUUUCUGGACCCACGCCGUCACCGUGGACACCAUGAACAAGAUUUGCCGGGAGCAGUUUGUGGCCCUGCAUAGUCAGCCCAUCAUGAAGGACCUUUCCACCUUCCUGCUGAGGAAGUACGCCAGCGGAAUGCCAGGCGCGCCGAGAAACAAGAAGUUCCUGGAGCACAGGAGACUGCUGCAGCUUCUCGCCAAAGUCCCCGAGACGGGUGAUUUCGAUCUUCAGAAAGUGAAGGAAUCCACGUACUUCUUCAGCUGAGGCGGAGCAGUCGCCGCAGACAAGACAAGACAAGAGGCAUUGAUCGUUUCGGAUUGAGGGACUGACACAGCCCGGCCUUGUCUUCGGAAGCCAUCGCUGGAUCGAAUCCCUGCCCUCCACAGUGCGCGAGGAUGGUGCUGUGGGCGGGGCCAGGGCUGUGGGCGGGGCUGGGGAUGGAGAACUCUCAAUGAGUCCAUCUCUCUCAGGCGGAGGCUUUACACGGAAAGACCGGUUAACUCUGGAAGCAAACUGGCCUCCGGCGGCCAUCUUGGUUACUGUAGAUGUUUUUUGCACUUGUAUGACUGCGUGUGUGUGUGUGCGUGGGUGUGUGUGUUUGUGUGUGUGCGCACAACAGUGUGACUGUGUGCGUGUGUGCAUGUCUGCACAUGGGUGUGUGUGUUUGUGUGUAUGCGCACAACAGUGUGACUGUGUGCGUGCCCAUGUUUGACUGUGUGUGUGUGUGCGUGUGCUUGUGUGCACAUGUUUGACUGUGUAUGCGUGUGUGCACACAUUUGACUGUGUGUAUGUGCGUGUGAGUGUGUAAGUGCACAUGUUUGUGUGUGUGUGUGUGUGUGCGUGUACGUGUGUGUGUUUCUGUGUCUCUGUGUCUCUCUCCACCUCUCUGCCCUGGAAUGAUAACCUCUCUCAGACUGCGGGGGUAGAGAUGCUGGGCGGGGAACAGCAGUUCGGCUCAGCAGGGACCGGGGGGGGAGGGGGGGGGGCACUCUCAUCGCUCAAUCCCAGUCUCUAACGCCAUGGCGAUUAGCCACACGAUCCCGGCUUUCAUCGAUUUGGGGGAACCCGGGAAGAGGCGGCCAUUUUGACAUUUGAGCCGGGACCCGAUUCGUGGUCCUUCUGAGGUUUCCAGAGGAGACAGCCGGUCUACACACGCUGUGCAGAACGGGCUGGCCAUCGCCAGCGGCCGCCCUUUGAACGCGACGCGCUUCUGGUGAGGCUGACUCAGGUGUGCUUUUCUUUUUCUGUUUUCCCCAUCAAUGAGCCAACUAGCCAUUUCAGAAAAUAAUAAACAUUUUUAAUCUA